UUCUACUUCGAAUAUCCUUCAUUUUCCUCUACACAACACAACUCAUUAUUAUUCUCUUUUCUCCUUAAAAAUUAAGCGAAAAACUCUCAUUUCUUUCAUCUCUAUAAUUCCCCUUAUCAUCUCUCUAAAAACCGAGCAGGCGCGCACGCACACGCACACAUAUAGACACGGGAUCAUCAAAAAGAAACAGCAUGAAGCAUAGAUUUUUGUCAUGUUAUCUCUUUGUUUUCUUCCUUUGUGUUGUAGCAUUUUCAACAACAAAUGCCCGUGUACUUGCUUCUAAACAAGAAGAUGAGAUUGAGAACAACACUGUAAUCCCCCAACAAGCUUCAUCACCAUUUUUGGAAAAUAAAGACUCCAUUGAUGAGCUGAUGGGAAUUGAGAUCUGUGAGAAUGGAGAUGAAGAAUGCUUGAAGAGAAGAAUAGUUUCAGAAGUUCACUUGGACUACAUUUAUACCCAGCAUCAAAAGCCAUAAUCAUAUAAUUUAUAACAUAAUUUCAUUGAAGGAGUGUAACAUCUUAUUAAUUCUAUAAAAUUUUUCCUAUUAAUUUCUAAAUAUCCCAGUAUUUUAAUUUAAUUGCUAUAUUUAAUUUUUUAAUUUCUCUGUUAAAAAUAGAUUUGGCAAAAUAAAUGGGACUAACAUUAGAAUAGAUUAGUUUGAGGAAAUAUUUGACCCCACUCUGUAAUAUAUGUAUGCAAAAAGGUUUGAAAGAGUUUUCCUUUUCUUGUCAGAUGAGUAUGAGCAUUGAGCUGGCUUGAAGUAAUUUUCCUUUUUUUUUUCUAAUAUUUUGGGAGUUGAUUUACAAUAGCAUCUAUUGUCUAUUAGGAGUAUUUGUUAUCAAUAAAUAAUUUAUGUGCAUCCUUUGUAUUCUGAAAUCAUAUGUGUACUGCCUACAUCCUAUUUUAAUUUAGUUCAUUUAUAAAAUAUUCGUAUUUUAUGA